AUGCGGGUGUUGUCCACCUUGUCUAGCCUAGUCGCCAUUGCGGCAGCGAUUCCGGCUGCCUUUCCGCAAGACAUCGAUCUCUCAAUCCUCGCUGCCGCACCUGAUCCAAUCGUGUAUGACCCUGCUAUUGGGGCCACUGCUCAGGUUGUCACGUGGGAUUACACAUCAUUGAUCGCGCAAGCAACCGCCAUACCCACUCUCACGCCUUCCGUUGACGACCAGAGCCCGUCAGCUACCGAGCUUGCAAAGAGAGCGGCCGCUUGUACAUCAUUGGCCAUAGGCGCCACCGGAGCGCCUACCACACUCCCAGACAUUCCCGAUGCUUUCGCAAGCAAUUCUGCUUUUGCAGCGUUGGCAUCAAGUGCCCCGGUGCCGUCUGGCUAUAUCAACAAAUUCACCAACUUGAAUGCGUCGAACAAUGCCUAUGGAUAUCUCGGUUUCACUACUAUGCAGGACUACGACACGCAAGCGUGUGCUGCCAAGUGCAACGCAAUCUACGGAUGCAUGUCUUUCAACCUCUAUUUUGAGCGCGAUCCCAGCGUUGAUCCUGGAUCGGGAGCUAGUGGGUGUGCGAAUCCCCCGAGCGUGACUUACGUCAAAUACNAAUAUCGAAACCAGUUCCAGGUAUUGGUCGCAGGCUCGAAUGGCUACACCAACAGCAGCUUGGUGCCGCCGUCAGGAUACAGUGAUGCGAUAUACUACGGCAAGGCAGCCAUCAACGCCACAUACGAUGCCGAGGCCUAUGAUACAACCAUGGGAUCCAAAAUUUUUACUGGUCCUUUCGAUGCUAAUCUCUGUGCGAUGUACUGUGACGCCCAAACCAAGAUCAACGUGGACAAUGCAGCUUUGAGUGGAGCGUCGCCCAAGAGAUGUCAGUUCUUCAACACGUACAUUCUCUAUUUGAACGAUACCAAGCAUCCUCUGGGCCAAUACUGCGCUCUUUACACCGAAGCAUGGCCGUCGAACGACCAUUACUUUGUCGAGUACAGUUAUGGCUACACCAACAAGACUUACGCCGGAGUUGACCCCGCGGUGGGAGACAAACCUGGCGCUGUGUCUCAAGCUAGCGUCGCCAUCAAUGCUUCUUCGCUGCAACCGUUCUGCUCUGCUUAUCUCACCUACACGGUGCCAUCAACGACCAUCACUGCAACAAGGACCCUCACCCCUACAGCGACUUCCACUGCAUAUGCCACUGCGACUGUGUAUCAGAGGCGGAAGCGUGAUGAGAACACCAUGCUGGGUUUGACAACAAACUCUACAGAAGGCUUUCAAGUUCUGGUCGACAGGAACAACGUUACCUGGUAUUUCCCGAUCGAUAGUUCAGAGUCUUCGCCGCGGAACUUGAAGCGCGCUCUAUCCACCNCCCUAGCCUUGACCAGAUUCGCCCCCAGCAUUAUCUCCUCAGCCUGCUCGCUGCAAGUCAGUCCGGCCACAUCCACUUCGACCAUCACCGCCAGAGUCACCAUUACCGGUUCUACGACCACCGUAGCCGUGACUAAGACAUCCACAGCAACGGCUAACAAGUUCGGCGUCCCGACUGCAAUCCCAACCGGUGGCGGUAAAGUGUUCGCCAAGAACUCCGGCACCAGCGCCGACGGCAAAGCUAUGGAAUUGCAGACUUCGGCCUCGACCACAUGGCGGUCUUUCGGAGUGUUCAACGGUGACAGCUCAACAACAUCUACAACAUGGCAUCCCAACUUCGUCCUCGAUUCAAGUGGCUAUCUGCGCGACACGCAAUUCGGCUGGGUUUUGGCUAACUUUGACUACGCCUCCAAUACCCCCGUCGGUGUCUUCCAGCCCAACUUUAUUGACCCCGGAAAGUUAGGCUUGAUGAACUUUGCCCCUCUGAUUUGCGCUAUCGAUGCUAAGACAUCACUGCUUUCUUGCUCUCUCACUACUCAAGGUGGCUUGGUGCUCAAUAAGCUCAUGCUUGUGCCAGGUGUUUCGGGCUCAUGGGACCUCUCGCUGACAGACGAGGUCUAUCACAAGACAGCCGUUUCUUCCGGUUGGUGGCGGGAUGUGGUGUUGCAGUACAGUAGCUCGUGA